AAACGCCGCUCCAUGCGGAAGCGCUACAAAUGCCCUCAAUUUAAUCCUAUGUAUGUAGUCUGAUUACUCCACAAACCCAUGUCUUAUCGCCACGUCUCCAGGGAAUUACUGGUGGGCACUGUCACUGUCGGGGUCGUUUUUGUCGUUGGAUACUUUUUGGGAAAAAAGAAAGCCUCCAGAAUGAGCAUCUCCAAAAGUCACUGCAGGGGGAAGGACAACCCCCUGAUCCAGUACGUCCUCAGCCACUCCAUGAGGGAACACCCGGCGCUGACAAAACUCCGACUGAGGACCAUGGAGGACUCCUGGGCCGGGAUGAUGGUCGCGCAGGAACAGUCGCAGUUAAUGGCCAAUCUGGCUAAACUGAUCCAAGCCAAGAAGGCCAUAGAGAUCGGAGUCUACACGGGUUACAACACACUGAGCAUCGCUCUGGCUUUACCUGAGGACGGCAAGGUCGUGGCGUGCGAUAUUCGGGAAGAGUACCCCAAAAUUGGCAUGCCGUUCUGGAAGGAGGCUGGAGUGGAGAGUAAAAUCGAUCUCCGCAUUCAACCAGCCCUGCAAACUCUAGACGACCUGCUGUCGUCGGGCCAAGCUGAAACGUUUGACUUCGUGUUCAUCGACGCGGACAAAGUCAGCUACGACAGUUACUACGAAAAGUCUCUGCAGCUGCUGAGGAAAGGAGGCAUCAUCGCUAUCGACAACGUGCUGUGGGGCGGGAGGGUGCUGGACCCCUCGCCUGACGACGCGGACACCGUGGCCAUCGACAAGCUGAACAAGAAGCUACACCGAGACGUGAGGAUCAACCUGAGCAUGAUCACCGUGGGAGACGGCCUGACCCUGGCCAUCAAGCUAUGAGAGCCGCUUUCCAAGACCGUGUUGUCGUUUCCAGUCAGUUGAAGCCCAAAGCAGAAUAGCUGUUACAUAAACUAGUACAUGUUAUCUAUCUGUACACAUAAUGUAUCGAUGUGUAAUGGAGCUUGUUUUGUACUUCUGGUGCCAGUUUUCUACCCUCACACACAGCGGGAUUGACGACGUUUAUUUUACGGUGGCUAUGCAUUCACUGAUAUUGGAAUAAAAUAAACUAAACCUGUCA